GAAUUCUUUAAUAGAUUACAACAAUUUUUUGAUUUCGUCUAUAGUCGUCCUGGUGUUCACUUGAAUGCCGAAAUUUGUUGCCCUUGUAGUAAAUGUGGAAAUUUACCUCAUCACAACAAGGCAACUGUAACAGACCAUCUGUUGAGAUUGGUUUCAUGGAUGCAUAUUCUGUGUGGUGGGCACAUGGUGAAACUUUAAGUAACAAUGUUGAUCCAUGGUUAGCUACAAGUGAUGUGGCAUUCUCAAGUAAUAUUGAGGAACAUGUUAAUGUUGAGGAUGAUAUCCAUCACAUGGUUUAUGAUGCAUUCUGUCAAUCUGAAAACGAUCGCCCUAGAAAUGAAACAGAGUUCGCAUAUGAAAAUGUUGGGGAUGCGCCAAAUAGACAUGCACAAUCUUUUUAUGACUUGUUGCGUACUUCAACCAUCCCACUUGAACCAUCAUCUAAUAAUCAAACAUUGCUUGGAUGGUUAUCAUAUAUGCUGCAUUGCAAAGCCAAAAACAACAUAACUGGUGUUGGUUACAAUGAUAUCAUUCAGGGCUGAUUUUGCUCACGAUAUUUUGGUGCGGAUCUUGAAACAAGUUGGAGUAAGCCCCCAAGGAACUUUGCAGCAGUUCCAUUUUAUAGGAACAUAGAAUUCUCGAUAUUUGCGUGCCCUGGUCAUCCAAUGGGUUCACAUUCACAGACACGCUGUCUAACCACUCAAGAGAUGAAGGCAGCUGAACUUUAUGUCCUACCAAACUGUAGGGAAGUUGAUGCACUUCUUAGGAUGUUGGGUGGGCCCAUCAACUUCGCGCGUAGUCGCAGCACAUCAGGGAGACGAGGAUGUCACAACUCUGUAGAUCUUGCAUGUGAUGUUACCCCAGUAUUGGACGUAGGGCAUACUCGGUCUAUUAGUCCACAAGAUUCUAUUCAUGCAGCAGCCUCAUCCCAUAAUGGGAAGCAGAAGGGAAGAGGUCCGAACAAACCAAAAAGGGCUGCAAGAAGACCAGAUGAAAGACUAUUUAUACAAAUUUCGCAUAAAGGCACCUUCUUGGAUGUUGACAUCCCCAGAUUGAUUACGACCCUAUGGAAGAGGGUUUAUGAUGGUGAUUACUUCACCUAUGACUUGUUCCUAGAACAGAAAAGGCUGCAAGUGUGGGAGUUGUUUAAGGAUACAUAUGUCAGUGAGUGCUUUACUACAUAUGGCUCGGACUCAGCAUUAUGGCCACCUCGGGACAAUGACGCUUGGGCAACUGCUGUUGAGGGAUGCCACAGCAAUUUCAUGCCAGGAAUUGGUUCACAGGCAUCUCUAUCGCAGCAAUUUGCUGCUUUUAGUGCCUAUGGGAUGCGCCCACCUAGUGCUACCCCAUUAUUGCCUCACACUAGGCAAGCAUUUCCUGCUGUAGGGACAUCAUUCCCUACUGUUGGGCCAUCGUUUCAUGCUAGUGGGCCAUCAUUUCCUCAUGCAAUGCCAAUGCAAAUGCCAAUAGAACUUGCAUUCCCCAUGGGCCAAAUGGGGAGACAAUCAGGAUCUCUAGGUAAAUCUUCAGCCAAUCUCCCACAAGAUGAUUAUGGUUACCAGCCGAGAUUUGAUGCAGAUUACCAAGAUCCAUUUGGGCCAGAGUGAUCAGUGUGCAUGAGGUUGUGAACGCAAAACUUGGCAUGUUCUUGAUACUUGAGGAAAAUACUUUUAGUUUCUGGGUUUGUGAUUUGAACUUGUUAUGACAUAGGUGUAUAUGUCGGUUGGAAUUGAAUGGUUUGUGGUAAUAUUAACUGUAUUGUUAUGACUUGCAAGUUUAGAAUAUGUAAAUGGUCAUGUUAAAUGUUGCAAGUGGUACUUAUAUACUUAUCUUUUAAUUUAUGAUUAUGAGAUGAGGAAAUUAUAUAAGUGGUACACAUUUAUAAUAAUGUAAUGAAUUGAAA